AUGCCAGGGCAGCCAGGGUACCCAGUGUACCAUCCGAAUCAAGGGCAGCCAGAAGAAACACCAGCGCCCGCUGGCUAUGGAUCUUUUACGCACACAUCGCCCACAAGUACAUCAGUCCUACGACCUGGGAGUUAUCAGUAUAUAGGCGAUUUCGCGUCAUCCAUAUCUCAACCCAUGAAUUCGCAGGCGUUUGUUUCGGGCGCAAUCGUCAACAUAAACGCAGCACCGACUGCGAACACCUACUUCGUCGCCCAGAGCGGUUCAGCAUUUACGCCUUCCAAUCAGUCAGCAAAUGCGAUCACUACUCCGACUAUCUCUCCGUCGCAAACUCAGUUUGAUCCCACCGAUGCGUCCCAAUUUUACGAAGACGACAACAACGACGAUGCCAAAAAACGAUGUGACAGUCUGUAUCCUAAGGAGGAAGAGGCAUCCCCAACAACCACAGCAACACCGUCAACAAAGAGGCGUCGGUCCGAGUACGCCGAACCAGGCUCAGCGCGGGCUAUAUAUCUCGAGAAGAACCGCAAAGCCGCCAGCAAAUGUCGAAGCAAACAGAAAAUGGAGCAGGAAGCGCUAGUUGAGAAAGCCCGUGUAGUAGAGCGAAGUAACCGCAUGCUGAAGGCGGAAGUACACAUGCUACAGACUGAAUUGCGAGAGCUGAAGGAGUACGCCGGUCGACAUGCAAACUGUCGGGACCCACGGAUAGCAAUCUAUUUACAGAGACUGGCUGACCGUUUGGCUUCGCAACUUGGCCUUCCACCACAACACUUGUAA